AUGGAGAAAGACCGAGCUAUCGAUGUGGAGGAAAUCGCCAUCACCGCCGCCAUCACCGCCGCCAACACCACCACCAACACCACCACCACCGCUCCCUCCCCGCCUCACGACGGCGACGACGAUGACGACGACGACGACAACGAAGGCCCGUAUACCUACGGCGACCUCGAGCGCGGCCUCUCCGCCGACCCCCACGCCGACCCGGACCUCGCUGCCCGGAACGUCCUGACCCACAUCCGCACCGGCACCAGCAUAUGCAGCGCCGCCUCCCGUCCUCCGGACUACGAAGUCGUCUUCGAGCCCGGAGACCCCGAGGAUCCCCGCAACUGGCCCGUCUGGUACCGCGGCUGGACCCUCGCCGUCCUCUCCUACUCCAACUGGGUCGUCGUGCUCUACAGCACCAGUUACACCGCGUCCAUCCCCGGUCUCACCCGCGAGUUUGGCGUCACCACCCCCAUCGCCACCUUGGGGCUCACCACCUACCUCCUCGGCCUCGCCGUCGGCAGCUUGAUCGUCGCGCCGCUGAGCGAGCUCUACGGCCGCCAGAGGGUGUACUUGGGCUGCAUGGCCGCCGCUGUCCUGCUCGUGAUUCCGUGCGGUUUGGCCAAGACUCUGACGGAGAUGAUUGUGAUUCGCUUCUUUGGUGCUUGCUUUGGCUCCGCUUUCAUCACCAACAGUCCCGGUUCCAUCGUGGACAUAAGCUCCGAGAAGCAUCGCGCCCUAGCCAUGUCCCUAUGGUCCAUCGCUCCCCUCAACGGGCCCGUUACCGGCCCCUUGAUCGGCGGCUUCGUAUUCCAGUACCUCGGCUGGCGCUGGUCCAACUGGAUCGUCCUCAUCAUGGCCGGCGUCGCCAUGGCCCUCCUCUUCACCCUCCGGGAGACCUACGCUCCCACCCUCCUGCAGAGAAAGGCGGCCCGGAUACGCAAGGAAACCGACGACCUGCGCUGGUGGUCCAAGUACGACGAGAGGGUAUCCAAGUGGCAGCUGCUCAAGGUUAACAUGGCGCGGCCCUUUAUCCUGAGCUGCACCGAACCGAUUCUUUGGUUUUUCAAUUUCUGGAUCUCCCUCGUCUACGCCAUCCUCUACCUCUGCUUCCUCGCCUACCCCAUCGUCUUCUCCCAACACCGCGGCUGGAGCCCCAGCAUGACCGGCCUCUCCUUCGUCGGCAUCGGCAUCGGCACCCUCCUCGUCAUCUGCUCCGAACCCCUAAUCCGGCGCGUCAUCAACGCCCAGCCCCGCGACCCCGUUACCGGCGCCGUCCUCCCCGAAGCCUCCGGCAGCAUGAUGGCCCUCGGCGCCGUUCUCACCCCGCUCGGCCAGCUCGGCUUCUCCUGGACCGGCCUCCCCAUCACCAUCCACUGGGCCGUCCCCAUCGCCUUCGGUAUUCCCUUUGGCGCCGGCAACACCCUCUGCUUCAUCUACGGGUCCAACUACCUCGCCAGCUCCUACGGCCUGUACGCGGCCUCCGCCCUCGCCGGCAACGCCGUCGUGCGCAGCGUCCUCGGCGGCGUCCUGCCCCUCGCCGGCCCCGCCAUGUACGCGCGCAUGACCCCCAGUGGGCGGGCACCUUUUGGGCCUGCUCGAGGUGGCCAUGAUUCCCAUCCCCUCGUGUUCUGGAAGCACGGGGCCAAGAUUCGGGCCAAGAGCCGCGUCUUGGUGCAGAUGAGGGAGGAGCAGGAAAAGGCCGAGAGGAAGAGGGAGCGCUUCCGGGCCAUGAAGGCGCGGCGGGAGGCGAGGGAGGCUAGUCCUGGUGGACAGCCGCCGGAGCCGACGCUGCAUGCCGUGCAGUCGAUUGCUUGA